GUGUCGUCGACGAACGACGGUUUCGUCGUCUCGCAUUCAAAUUCUCGUCCUCUUCCCCCGACCACCCGCCGACCGCAAUCUCAAACCCGCACAUCUCUUCCUCGAGUCGCGGAAAUAUAUACGUAGUAUAAUACUGUUUUUUUUUUUUUAAUUUUAAUUUUUUUUUAUUUCCGAUCGUAUAUUUUAAUCUCGCAUAAUUAUUAUUGUACCUAAUAUCACCGUGUUCGCUUUUGAUAAUAUAAUCGUUCACGCUCGUCGCGAUAUUAACAGUUCGCCGCGUGUUUCUCGUCGAUAUUGUUCUCGUGAAUGGAUUACGCGGAGACAACAGCAUUUUGAGUACUUCUAUUGAAAUAUAUAUGCGAUGAGGCGUUCAACAGCCGGUGGUGUGGAGGAAUGUGUUUACCGACGAACUAGUUGCAACCAUGGUUUGUUGGCCAGAAGCAGCUCGGACUCGGAUUUGGCCGUAGUAACGACGGGAUAUCCUGGCAGCCUGGACGUCGAGGCUUACGAGGAUGAGGAAGAGGAAGAAGAGGACAGUGAGGACUCCGAAGACGAUAGGGAUGACGACGAUGACUGUUUGGGAGCGGAACACAAUCAGCAAGAAGAGCUACCGUAUCCAGGAUUCGUUUCCAUAUCGAUGAAAUACCUGGAUCAGAAGUCUAGGCCCCGAAAUUGGUGUUUGGCCAUGAUCACUAACCCGUGGUUUGAGAGAGCAAGUAUGUUAGUUAUAUUGCUGAAUUGUGUUACUUUGGGUAUGUAUCAACCAUGUGUGGACGAUCAAUGCAUAUCUAGAAGAUGCAGAAUUCUACAAGUGUUCGACGAUUUCAUAUUCGCAUUCUUUUCGCUAGAAAUGAUCGUGAAAAUGAUCGCAAUGGGAGCAUAUGGUCCCUGUACUUACCUCGCAGAUUCCUGGAACAGAUUAGAUUUUUUCAUCGUGAUCGCAGGUGCUUUGGAGUACUGUUUGAACGUGGAGAACAUCAAUUUCUCUGCUAUACGAACUAUAAGGGUUCUGAGGCCGCUUAGAGCUAUCAACAGAAUUCCAAGUAUGCGUAUAUUGGUCAUGUUGCUUUUGGACACUUUGCCAAUGUUGGGUAAUGUGCUACUGUUGUGUUUCUUCGUGUUCUUCAUAUUCGGUAUCAUUGGAGUGCAGCUAUGGGAAGGCAUACUUCGACAAAGGUGUUUCUUAAAACCACUACCAAAUGUCACUUAUCCCAAGAUGUUACCGGCAUACUAUACGCUGAACGACGAAGAAAAGGAUUACAUUUGUUCGAAAAAUGACGACAACGGCAUGCACUCAUGUUUCGACUUGCCACCCACGCGUGGUCAUGAUGCAAUGAUUUGCAAUGCCACGGCCAACAUGGCACUCGCUAACGGUUCGUGUGUCAAUUGGAAUUACUACUACACGGAGUGUAAGUCUCAGGGCGAGAAUCCGUUCCAGGGGACUAUAUCGUUCGACAAUAUCGGCCUGGCCUGGGUAGCCAUAUUCGUUGUCAUCAGCUUGGAAGGAUGGGUAGAUAUAAUGUAUUACGUCCAAGAUGCUCAUUCAUUCUGGGACUGGAUAUAUUUCGUGCUGCUCAUUGUGAUCGGAUCAUUUUUCAUGAUAAACUUAUGUUUAGUGGUCAUAGCCACACAAUUUUCCGAGACAAAAAAACGGGAAAUGGAAAGAAUGAAAAUGGAACGAGCUCGUUUCCACUCGACCAGCACACUGACCUCGUCGACAAACAACUCCGAGCCAUCGUCCUGUUACGCCCAAAUGGUGAAGUACGUCGCUCAUCUGUGGAGGCGAGGUAAGCGGAAACUGAUCAAAAAGUAUCGGGUAUGGAUGCUGCGACGACAAACCGAAAGGGAGGAGAAGGCGCAGCGGCAGAACGCCACCACCGUCGCGCUCCUAUCGCUCAACACUAAUAACAACGACAAAAACGUUAAUUUUUUAGAAACAAACGAUAAUAAGUACGGAAAUGGUGCAAGGAAUGGUGAUGAAGAAUCGUCUCAGCCAAUGCUCCGGUUUAUGGAUAACGCUCAAAUCGAUUCGAGCGGGAACCUCCUAAGUCCGGGGUCGACAUCCAGCAACGGCGGAAUCGUGUCAAGGAGACGGAGUGUCGUGGUGGCUUUCAGCGACGAACUAAUUACUAGAAGUGGUCCCACCACUACCGCCGCCGCCGCCGCUGCCGCCGCCGCCGCCGCCACCGCGGUCCCGGCAAACUUCGCACUUUGUUCGACCGAGAAGACGACGCAGACGGUCGAAGGGACAGCGUGGAACACAUCUUCCUCCACCAGUACCACCAUAGUAGCACUGAAUAACGCCGUGGCCGAUCCCGAGGACCAGGACAUGACGUGUCAGGAACUCUUAGCGAUCAGCGGUGCCCUGUCGGCAGCCUUGCCCACCGGACAAUCAGCUCUGUCGUCUCUGCUUAAGGCACUCGGCAAGACUGGGGGUUCCACCGUGGCGAACAUAGUCCAAAACGUGAAUCGCACCACCAACAACAGCAACAUACAUAACAAUAACAACAACAGCCAUAGAAACAACAAUAGGACGAAACGUCAUGCGCUCAUGGACAGACAAUCGGACGGUGAACUGAUGAUGGACAAUGACCAUUUGGAGAGUAAAAACAAAGCGUGCCUCACCGACGCGAUGGGUUGCCUGCAGAUUUAUUGUCUGGUGGGUUGUUCCCUGUUGAGAGAGUGUAUAAAGCUCCUUGUCAACCACAGACGGUUCCAGCAGUGUAUUUUGUUAGCAAUACUUAUCAACACGCUCAGCAUGGGCAUAGAGUACCACAAUCAGCCUACCGAGCUUACUGUAAUUGUGGAAUAUAGCAAUAUUGUUUUUUCUGCAAUAUUUGCCGCCGAGAUGUUUUUGAAGGUAAUCGCCGAGGGACCAUGCGGUUACAUCAGUAAUGGUUUCAACGUAUUCGACGGAAUCAUUGUCAUAUUAAGUAUAGUGGAAUUGACUCAGUCGUUCGAAAACACUAGUGGACAGCGGGAAGGCAAUUCGGGGCUAAGUGUACUGAGAACAUUUAGACUACUAAGAAUAUUGAAACUUGUUCGAUUUAUGCCGAACUUACGUCGUCAACUGUUUGUCAUGCUCCGUACCAUGGAUAAUGUUGCAGUGUUUUUUUCACUCCUAAUUUUGUUUAUCUUCAUAUUCAGUAUACUGGGCAUGAACUUAUUCGGAUGUAAAUUCUGUAGCCGAAAGAAUGAUGGAACAGGGGAUGAUGUAGCGUGCGACAGAAAGAAUUUUGAUUCGUUGUUGUGGGCGUUAGUCACGGUGUUUCAGAUUCUAACGCAAGAAGACUGGAAUAUAGUGUUGUUUAACGGGAUGGAAAAAACGAGUCAUUGGGCUGCUCUUUAUUUCGUGACGCUGAUGACUUUCGGCAAUUACGUGUUGUUCAAUUUACUGGUAGCAAUUUUGGUUGAAGGAUUUUCUUCAGAGCGUAAUGAACGCAGAGAAAGAGAACGACGGGAGCUCGAGAGGCAACAACAGUCAUCGUGGUGCAAAUGCACCUGUUCGUGUUAUGGUGAUGACAAAGGGGAUUGCGAAAUGUGUACAGACAAAAAAAGUCUAAAUGGAAAACCAAGUACUGAAUUGAAAAUUGAAAAUCCAAACAAAGAAAUUAUAACCAAUAAAUGUAAUACGCACAGAGAUACUUCAUUAGUAAUUGCUCCACCUCCUCCGAUAAUCACACAUACAGCGGCUACACCACAAGACUCGCCAAAUGCCGCUUAUGAAUCAAGAGAUUUUCGGCGGUUUCAGUCUCUAACACCGUAUACGUUUUUGCCGUUUGACACAAAUGGAAGCGGAUUUUCAAUUGAUUCGAUUGACUGCUCAGUGCGUUCGUCAACAAAUAGCUUGCAGAGUGUUUCUAAGUUUCCUAAAAUCAACAACAGAACUCCGCAGAUCGCCAGUCCACAAAAGUUAGUAGUGAAUCAAAGUUUUGAAACUAUACCGGAAGACAUUUCUUAUAGUGGAGAAAAUGGUGAAAAACUUCAAAGACGAUAUUCGUGGAAAAUCUCGAGACCCUCGUUGAGGCGAAAGUCAAAAUUUAGUAACGUAGAAUGUGAAAGUGACGACCAAGGUAUACUGGUUUUGAACAACAAUAGCCAUUCAGUAAACUCAGGAGGUGGACAAGACCAUUCUCAAUGUAAUGGCGGCGUUUCCAAAAGUCCAUCGCCAAAUUUCCGUGCCGCGAACAAUAUGUUAUCCGAAUACAAUACUACUGAAAGGUCUCCAUCCACUGUACAGCAGAGCACAGUCAAUUACGUUCUGGCCGGUUGUCAGUACAAUUGCUGUCAGCCGUGUGACACGGAAGGGUGUGCAGGGCCGGCGGACGACAAGGCGUCUGAACCGUGUUGCGACUGUGACGCUGAGUCUAGCGCGGCAAAAGUAAACGUCCGUAAGGUGUUCUAUUUCUUCGAGGAAAAGGGUUGGCUCAAGGACCGAGCCGAAUAUUCGCUGUACAUAUUUCCGCCGGAACACAGUUUCAGACAAUCAUGUAGAAAAUUCAUCAAGCAAAAAUGGUUCGACAACGCAGUGCUUACUUUUAUAGCAUUGAACUGCAUUACAUUGGCCAUGGAGAGACCGAACAUACCGCCAGACAGCAACGAGAGGACGUUUUUGGGUACGGCCAAUUACGUUUUCACCGUGGUGUUUGCGCUCGAGAUGUUUGUCAAAGUCGUAGCUGCAAGCAUGUUCUAUGGCAGUGAACCAUAUUUCAAGUCUGGUUGGAACAUCAUGGACGGAUUACUCGUAGUAGUAUCCAUUAUAGAUUUGCUCAUGUCAUUGAUCUCCGAAAGCAGCCCAAAAAUAUUUGGAAUACUGAGGGUGUUUAGACUGUUGAGAUCGCUGAGGCCGUUGAGAGUGAUCAACAGAGCUCCAGGCCUAAAAUUAGUUGUACAAACGUUGCUGUCAUCGUUGAGGCCAAUAGGCAACAUUGUACUGAUUUGUUGUACAUUUUUCAUAAUUUUCGGUAUUUUAGGAGUUCAACUUUUCAAAGGGACAUUUUUUCACUGUGAGGGCCCUAACAUUAAACACGUGCGUGACAAAAAGGAAUGCCUAGCUGACAAAAAAAACACAUGGGUCAAUCAAAAAUAUAAUUUCGACGAUCUGGGCAAGGCUUUAAUGUCUUUAUUCGUGCUGUCAUCCAGAGACGGUUGGGUGAAUAUCAUGUACACGGGUCUGGACGCCGUGGGAGUUGAUCAACAACCGAUCGAAAACUAUUCGGAAUGGCGACUUUUGUAUUUUAUAUCGUUCAUACUGCUCGUCGGGUUUUUCGUGCUUAACAUGUUCGUUGGCGUGGUGGUGGAAAACUUUCACAGAUGCCGGGAAGAACAGGAAAAAGAAGAGCGAGUCCGGCGACUGGCCAAACGGGCAAAACAAAUGGAAAAAAAGCGGAGAAAAAUGCACGAACCACCGUACUAUAGAGAUUACAGCAGCGCCAGACUAUUGGUGCACAGCGUAGUCACGUCUAAGUAUUUCGAUUUGGCCAUCGCUGCUGUUAUUGGUCUUAACGUGGUCACGAUGGCACUAGAAUUUUACAUGAUGCCUAAAGCGUUGACUUACGCAUUGAAAAUAUUCAAUUAUUUUUUCACCGCCGUGUUCAUACUAGAGUGCGUGAUGAAAAUGCUGGCACUGGGACUUCAGCUCUAUGUGAAAGACAAAUGGAAUAUAUUGGACAUCGGCAUCGUCAUAUUGUCCAUAGUGGGUAUCACGUUGGAAGAAUUAGAAUCCAAAAUCAUACCGAUCAAUCCGACCAUCAUCCGAGUGAUGAGAGUGAUGAGGAUCGCUAGAGUUUUAAAGUUACUGAAAAUGGCUAAAGGAAUAAGAGCUCUUUUGGAUACUGUGAUGCAAGCAUUACCUCAAGUGGGAAAUUUAGGACUCUUGUUUUUUCUAUUGUUCUUCAUAUUCGCCGCAUUGGGCGUGGAGUUAUUUGGAAGACUUGAGUGCAGCGACGAGCAUACGUGCCAAGGCCUGGGAGAACACGCUCACUUUGGAAACUUCGGCAUGGCGUUCCUGACGCUGUUUCGGGUAGCCACUGGGGACAACUGGAAUGGCAUCAUGAAGGACGCACUCCGCGAAGACUGUGACAACGCGGCAGAUUGCGUGAAAAACUGUUGCGUAGCCGACGGCAUAGCGCCCAUGUUCUUCGUCAUAUUUGUGCUAAUGGCGCAGUUCGUGUUGGUCAACGUAGUGGUCGCUGUUCUCAUGAAACAUCUCGAAGAAUCUCACAAACAAAUGGAAGACGAGAUGGACAUGGAAGAUCAAUUAGAGAGAGAAAUGGCUGCAGAAGAAGAAGAACAAUUGGUUCAGAUGGCCUUAGACCACGAGUACUCGAUUCAAAAUCCUUUGUGCAAAGAAUUUUCACUACCUGCUGACUUUACCUUUAAAAGUUUACCACCUUCACCUCUAUACCAAAGUCAAGGACGGCGGUUUUCUUUCAACUCUUGGAGCGGUAGGAUGACGGAACCCACUAUCGUGCCGUCACAGAGGAGACGUCAGACCGUCCAGGAGUCGAACAUGCUCGUUCCUCCGGCACUCAUGCCAAAUUUCAUGAUUCCUCAUUUUGAAUCCAGAAACCGGAAGUCGUCCCUGAGCGCGCAACCACGGAACGAUGUCACUCGUAGGGACAGCAUCCGGAGUUCCGGUUCGCAGCGACCGGCGACGGAUCAACUGGACGCCUCUGGUCAACAGCAAAAGCAACAUUUGCAACAGUUGACGGACUGGCAGUCGUCGGCGAACCAGGUGAAGCUACAGGCCAGGUGCGUCUCGGAAGCGAUCGCCGGCGGUCAAGCAACCGGAAGCGAGAGCAGACGCUCGAAUCGCGGAGACCCGGCGGCAGCGGCCAAGAACAAUAACGGCACCUCCGCUACCGCGUUGCUGACCGUACCGGUGGCGUCCAAUCAGAAUGCGCUGGCUCCUCCGCCGCCGACUCCGCCGCCAUCGCUGUCCCGGUCGUACGUCACACUGGCCAUACCUGAAGAGUGCGCCGUCGACGUGCCGCUAUUGCGAUCCCGUUUUCCGGUGGCCAGGCGACCGGAAGACCCGACCUCGUCCGGUGUGACCGCCGCUGACAGUCCGGUCAACACGCUCGACGUGCGGAUCGAGGCAAGCGUCAAGAGAAAGAAAUGAAUAGCUUUUCUGCCGACACUAUCGAUAUAAUGAUACUGUUAUUAUCAUUACCAUUUUUAUUAUUACUAUUAUUAUUAUUAUUAUUAUUACAAUUAUUGUUAUCAUCGUCGUCCUCGUUAUCGUUAUCAUCGUUGUCGUCGUCAUUAUUAAUAUUAUCAUAACUACGAAAUUCGCAUAUCCCGCGGUGUAAACUAUCAUUAUUUUUGCAAUUUUAUCAUUUUAUCGCGUAUAUACAGAACACUCCACUCGAGACCGCAUACUCUUUGUCAGGAAGAAACGUGUCCGCUAUGAAGAAUAACUUAUCGUCAAAAGUAUUUCGGAGUAGCGUAUCGCUAAUAUACAACGCUUUAGUAAAUAUAAUAUAUAUCUAUGAUCGGGCGUUAUCAGUUGCGUCGAAUACUUUAGACUACCCGUAGAUGCCUAUCUAUUUUUAACGCCAGUAAAUAUAAUACGAUAAAUUAAAAAUAAACUAUAGCAAAAUAUGGCACGGUAAAUAAUAAAUAAAUCAAAGGAAAAUCGAAUCAACGUGCAAUCAUAAAGUAAUGCAUUUCGCGUAAGCUAUAAAAAUAUUAUGACUUCACCUUAAAUUAAUAUACGUACGAGACCGCGAUGAAGACGUAUAACCCGUCAAUCAUUCAGUCCUUAAAGCUAUACGAAUCAUAAACAAACGUGGUCUUUGAGAUAACUAUAAUUUUUACAAAACUAGAAGGUCCGAAUUAAAACAUAUACCUAGUUUAAGUUUCACCUAAAGUCUAUGUGUUAACUUUUUUUUAUGCUGUUCAAUUUGUUUUUUACCCAAAACGUUUUUCUUUGGCACAAAUUAUGUACAUAAAAAUACUCUAGCAGUCGAUGGUGCCUGUGAAACGUGAUUUUUACGAGGCGUUUGUUAAAAGUUGCCAUCACGCACCGGUCCGUCGAGUAUAGUUCACGUCUUCGGGACGUGUCUAUAAUACGUAAUGAUACUACGAGUAUACAUAUUGUAUUUCACACCUAUUCUGAUAGUUUCUCGUCAUCACGAAUAAAUUGUAUAUAUAUAUUAUAUUAUUUUCUAAUUUAUUAUAAUUUAUAAUAUCUUUAUCGACUUAAAACCCAUUUUAGUUGUAUUCCCUUAAUUCACAUAAUAAAUAUACUA